UACUGUUUCCCACACCUGAAAGAAUCCUGCCUACGAAGUCAAACAUCGAUCAUCAUCAAAGUAGCUAUGUACAUAUCCAUGGCUUGCAUAAUUUUUAUGACUGUCUGUGGGAACCUGCUGGUCAUCAUCUCCAUCUCUCAUUUCAAACAGCUCCAUUCUCCAACAAACCUUCUCAUCCUCUCUUUAGCAUUCACAGACUGGUCCUUGGGGGCUUUCAUUAUGCCAUGUAGCAUGAUCAGAUCUGUAGAAAACUGUUGGUAUUUUGGAGAAACAUUUUGUAAGAUUCACUCCAGUGUUGACAUUAUGAUGUCCAUUGCAUCCCUCUUGCAUCUAGGUCUCAUUUCUGUUGACAGAUAUUUGGCCAUCUGUAAGCCUCUUCAAUACAAAGCUUCAGUAACUAUGCACAAGGUAGCAGUCCUUAUUGGAAUGGCCUGGUUGUCUGCUUUUGCAUUUGGGUUUGGGGUAAUUCUCUCUAAAAUUAACAUAGUCGGUAUGGAGGACUUCAUAAACUCUUGCACAGGAACCUGUUUUUUAAUUUUCAAUAAACAAGGAGGGUUAUUGACUGCUUUUCUGGGCAUCAUCUUGCCAUGCAUAGUGAUGGUGGCCCUCUAUCUGAAGAUUUUCUAUGUUGCGAAAGUGCAGGCCAGAAAGAUCAACUGCAGCCUGGCAAUAACAAGAGCAAAACAAAAUAAAAAAAACUGCACCUCUGAACAACGAGAGAAAAAGGCUGCAAAGACGCUUGGCAUUGUACUGGGGGUCUUUCUGUUGUGCUGGCUGCCAGUUGCCAUGGUACUUAUUGUUGAUCCAUUCUUUAAUUUUUCAACUCCUGCUGUUGUAUUUGAUGGUCUAAUGUGGUUGGCAUACUUCAAUUCUUCCUGUAACCCUCUAAUUUAUGGAUACUUCUAUCCUUGGUUCCAGAAGGUGUUCAAAAUUAUAAUAACAGGAAAGGUUUUUCAGAAUGGCUCUUCAUUAAUAAACAUUUAUGCAGAGAACAAGUAA